GUUCCCUCCAAUUUUCGACCUAAGAGUAAUGUGUUCCAAUAAAUUAAUGAAGUAGUAAAAAAAGUUUAGCUUUAUGUUUAAUCAAAAAGUGUGCCAAACAUUAUGGCUUCUUUAGUAUAUAGUUUUUCAUACAAGUAAAACAAAAUGAAUCGGAAGCGCCAUCUACAACUAUGAAAUAUACGUUGGGCAUAUUUUGAAGGCUAUUGUUAGAAAUAUUUGUGUUUAUAAUUAAUUUAUUAGUGACAUUAAUGUAAAAUAGUGUAGUUAACAAUGGAUAGAUUACCAGAUCUUUAUACAGAACCAGUCAAUUUACAAAAUGAACAAGAAUAUAUGGAUUCGACUACGAGCUUACCAAUAUUACCAUCAGAUACAUCAUCAGAAGAAGACUCCAACCCUAAUUUGGUUAAUCGGCGAUGGAAUAGGGAUAAAAUGUUCCCUAAGGUGGUGAGGGAGUACAGCGUGGAAAAAUUAUCGAAGUCUGCAUUGAAAAAGCGAUUUCAUGGCUUAAUCGAAAAUGAUAAUUCUGCUACUAGUGUUCCGUGCAGUACACCCGUGGCUUUCAGGAAGAGUACCAAAUCAACGAUAACACCUAUAAACUGUUCACCUAUAACUAAAACACUGAAUAAUUAUAAGAAACGCGUUUCACGAAGUUUAACAGAUAAUCCUGUUUCGAAGAAUAAAAGGAACUCAAAUAUACGUGGAAAUAUUAUUAUGAAUGGUGGGCGAAAAAAUAAUAGUCUCCAUGUUAAUAAUAUCGAUAAUUGUAAUGUACAUUCAGAACGAAUUCAAAAAUCUAUUGCUAUUAAUACAACGCUUAAAAGAGAUAGCUUACCUAGAAUGAUUACAAGAUUAACCAGAACAACAGCAACUAACACAUCUGCACCUAUCAAUAAUACGUCAAAUGUAAUGAUGCCUCCACCUGCAAAGGAGAUGAAUAAUACCUGUGCUAGUAAUGCAGAACAAUCUGUGAAAAAUCCAUCCAUGUAUGAAGCAUCUGCUGAAGAGAGCAUCAGAGUGAUGAAGGAUGUGAGAACAAAGAAAUUGAGAAGAAAAGUUAAAGCCACCAACAUUGAAACAGAUUCAGACGUUGUUGUUUCUCCAUCGAAACGCAAUAAAACUGUACAAAAUGAAAAACUUAAUGUGGACAACUUAAAUAUACAUGAAACUCCUAGUCUGAUUACAACGAAUGCACAGAAGAGCUUGCAAAUGGAUAUUGUGAAAAUUAAUUUAUUUCAGAAUAGAGCAAGAUUAAAUUUAGAUAAUGAGGAGGUGCCUACAAAACCAUUGAAUUCUACUGAAAGCAAUAACGUUUCUAUACCUAAAGAAAAGACGUCUGAUAGCUCAAAUCAAAUUCUCACUAGAUCCAGGAACAAAUCGGCUGUUACGUCUGUCAACGGUAUCACAGAAUUGGCAGAUUUAUCUAAGACUAAUAGCAAUGUAGUCCAUGAAAGAUCAAGAAGAAAAGUAAAACCUAAGGAACCAACAAUUUAUAUAUUAGAAAAUGUAACCAUCAAACCAGAAAAUGUCAGCAAAGCAAAAAAACGUAGAAAUAAAAAGACUACAGAAUUAAAUGAGUUGGAUAAUGAAUUGGAAGAGUUACGAAAAUUAUAUAAGACUCCACAUCAAGAUAUUGGUGUAGGUCUGUCCGCAGAUGAACGAAUUAAUUCAGUGGUUGAUGAAUUUAUACAUUCAAUGGACAAAAACAAUCAGGUAGAGAACGAUGAUGUUACUGCAUCGGAUAUACCUGUUAAUAGAAAUAUAAGAAAAUCGAAGACCAAUAAAUCAUCAACGCACGAUGAUAUUGCUGAAGGUCUGUCGGCAGACGAACCUAUUAAUUUAGUGGUUGAUAAAUCUGUAAAUUCAAUGGACAUCAACAAUCACACAGGAAACGUUGAGGAAUCUGCAUCGGACAUACCAGUUAAUAGAAAAAUAAGAAAAUCUAAAACCAAUCCAUCACAAACGCAUAAUGAUAUUGAUGUAGGCAGACGAACAGACGAACGCUUUAAUUCAGUGGUGGGUGAAUGUAUAAAUUCAGUGAACAUCAACAAUCACAUAGGAAACGUUGAGGAAACUGCAUCGGACAUACCAGUUAAAAGGAAAAGAGGGAGACCUCGAAAACAUCCAUUACCAACUGAAAAUGGUAAAUCUGUAGAGAAGAUAUUUACUAAAAAUGUUCCAAAGAAAAAACCGGCAAAAACAAAAGAAAUUGCAGCCAAGUGUACCAAUAAUGUUUCAAAUAAAAAUGAUACGAAGCAAAAUCCAUCCGAAACUAAUAUGCCACCUGAAGCUAAUAUUAGUGUCAAUACUGUUCAGGAAGAAGUACACGUUCAAAAUGAUGCACCACCAGUAGAAGAUACAUUGACAAUUGGCAAGAGGAUACGAAAACCACCCAAGAUUAAUUCAAUGCAGAUUAUGUAUAUAAAUCAGAAGAGUCCAAAGAAAACGAGGGCGAAAAGGGUAACGAAACAAAAAGAAAAAACUUUGCCAAAGUCAUCUACGAAAACAAAAAAAGUUAAAACAGUAAAACCUGCCAAUAGUAUUGAAGAUAAUAUAUCAAAGAAUAUAUUGAAUGAUGACGAGCUUGCGAAUUUCUCUACGUCUAGUUCAUUGAAUACUCAGGGAUUUAAAGUUCCUAAAGGUAAGGUCAUACCACAAACGAAUACAACAUCUGUAAAAACAGCACUAUCGAGUAUCAUUGAGUCAGACGCCGGAACGACUGCAACAAAUAUUUUGACGUGUGAUGAAGUCAAUGUAAUGGGACCAGGCGAUAAUGAAACAAUUACCUCAAACCUUGGUGUUUCGAGACUCGGACGGAGCAAAUGUCAGUAUAAUAAUACUCCAUUUACGUUACCCGGCAGCACUCAGAUGAUAGAUUGGAUUUCUAAUAAACCAGAAUUCAAGAAGUUAGGAAAUAAUCUAUCAGCUCCGACGUUGCGAACGAAUACUCUGUCCUUCGGUCACUUCAAAAUCAUGCCGAAGAACAAGAAAACAACUUCAAUCGCACAUAAAAGCAAUCUGUCAUUUAUAAUCUUGGAAGGAGAAGUUUUGGUUCACGUGUAUACUAGACAAGCAUUGUUGGGAAAAAGUACUAGAUUUUACAUACCUGCAGGUGUAGAGUAUUGUUUGGAAAACAUCAGCGAGGAUCAGACGGUUUGGUUAGAGUACACGAAGGAAACGUGUUCGUCAGUUAAAUAAAAUCAUAGUCGAGUCAGUUUCAAACCUUUUUUUUUUUAAUAAUUUAUUA